GGUUUAGCUGUAUCCUUGGUCUCUAUUUUGUCAGUAGGACCUUCUCCCCAAAAUGGGACAACCAAAAAUGUCCUCAGACAUUGCCAGAUGUUUCUCGGAAGCAAGAUCGCUCCAGUUUGAGAUCCACAGAGGAGCCAUAUAUUGAAGACCAUGUCUGGGAGCUUCUACUUUGUAAUUGUUGGCCACCAUGAUAAUCCAGUUUUUGAAAUGGAGUUUUUGCCAGCUGGGAAGGCCGAAUCCAAAGACGACCAUCGUCAUCUGAACCAGUUCAUAGCUCAUGCUGCUCUCGACCUUGUAGAUGAGAACAUGUGGCUGUCGAACAACAUGUACUUGAAAACGGUGGACAAGUUCAACGAGUGGUUUGUGUCAGCAUUUGUCACGGCGGGGCAUAUGAGAUUUAUUAUGCUUCAUGACAUAAGACAAGAAGAUGGAAUAAAGAACUUCUUUACUGAUGUUUAUGAUUUAUAUAUAAAGUUUUCAAUGAAUCCAUUUUAUGAACCCAAUUCUCCUAUUCGAUCAAGUGCGUUUGACAGAAAAGUGCAGUUUCUUGGGAAGAAGCACCUUUUAAGCUGAAUGCAGGAAAUUCUGAAACAAAUGAUGUCACCACAAUGGUGUAUACUCAGGAAUGUGUGCAUUGUAAGUUACUUGAUUAAACAGCCUGGAAAACUUUUGUGUAGUCUCAGCUGAUCUAAACCUAAUGAAAUUCCUUUUAUAUUUAAAAAUCGUACAUUCUGUCUCAUAUCAUGUAUCAAUUGGUAUUUCCUUGUGAACAGUGUUAUUUAUAAAGAGUUCGUUAUCAAAAAUAAGUAUUUUUAUUUAAAAAUUGGGAAUAAGCUUUUGACUUGCCCAAUUCAGAUAGGUUGAUCUUUUGCUUUUUUGAGAUGGAGUUUCGCUCUGUUGCCCAGGCUGGAGUGCAAUGACGCUUUGCCCUCUGCAACCUUUGCCUUCCGACUCUAAGCGAUUCUCCUGCCUCAGCCUCCCAAAGUGCUGGGAUUACCCAUGUCAGCCACCAUACCCAGCCCAGAUAGGUUGAUCUUAAUGUAACAAUCUCAAAACAAAUGUCAUAGUCAAGAUUUUGUAGAUAGAUUGAAAACUAAAUAUUUAAAACUAAAAUAUUCUGCAGUUGGGAAUGAAAUGUGAUAGCACAUAAUAAAUGUUAAUUUAUUUAUACAUUUAGAGAUGUUAUAAAAAUGUAUAGGCAGUAUACACAGCACUACUCAAGAAGCCAAAGAAACACUUGUGCAGUGCUAAGUGUCACAUGUCUGCUUCUGCCAGAGGCUAGGAAUAGUGAUCCUGCAAUAAUGUGAGAACCUGGAUCCAUGUUUGUAGAAUAAGAGGAUGGGAGCAGUUGCAGGCCACAGUGAAGUUCAUUGUUUCUGUCACUUUAUAUUCUUGUAUUUCCUUUCCCCCAAACUGUUGAUACCAGUACUUACAAAAAGUUGUAAGGCAAUUUUUAGGAUUGUUGUCAAAGAAAAGCUUGGAUUACAUUAACAUUUGUCUCAGACUUUUAGAUGAUACACCAGAGGGGGCUGGGAAUGGUCUCUUUGUUCCUGUAAGUAGAUCUUACUGUAAAAUAGUAAAUGUCCAUUGAAAAGCAAGUAAUACAACCUUUGCUAAUUGGGAGCAUAUGAACAAUUUUGUUCCAUUCUGACUAACUUUUGAGCAAUUCUAAGCUUUAUCUUGUAUCCUUGUGAAAUUGCUACCAUCAUCUUUACCCUAUUUAUUUGAUUUCUUAAAUAAAGAUGUUUGUUCAAGA